AUGGAGGCCGCUUUGGUAAAGCCGAUGGUCGCGGAGGUGAAGCCAGGCGCCGUGAGCGCCGAGCUGGAGGUGAAGAAGCUGCAAGAGCUGGUGCGCAAGCUGGAGCAGCAAAACGAGCAGCUGCGCAAUAGGGCCGCUGCUACCUCCCCUUCUUCAGCGCCUGGCCCGAGCAGUCCUCUGCAGCCGCGGCUGCUAUCUGCCGCGGCCGCCGCCGCUGCGCAAGUUCCCCGCAGCGGCUCCCCGCCGGCCGGCGUGUCGAACCCAGCGCCAGUUCUCGUGUGCCAAGCCGAGCCCUUCGUCUACUUCAAGCCAUCCCCCACCGGGGGACCCCACGAGGCCUUCGCCGCCGCCACUGCCGCCCUUAUGCCUUCGGCCAGCCUUUUGGAUGAGGUGGAAAUACUGGAUCUCCAAGGGCUGAGCUGCUCUGGCCGGGAAGAGAAGGAAGAAGAGCAGCAGCAGCAGUUCGUGGAGGAGGAAACCUGGUUAUAUGCUGCCCCUGCUAAGUGUAUCAUGCCCCAAGAAAAGUCACUGAGUCCUCUGCAGUGGUGCCGACAUGUUCUUGAUAAUCCAAGCCCUGAGAUGGAAGCUGCAAAACGUUCUUUGUGUUUCAGGCUGGAACAAG